GCCAUAUUACCUCUCUUUUCACUCCACUUUGCUCUGAGCGCCGAUCAUGAGCCUAAACACGAUGUUCGAUCUGAAAGAUCGCAUCUGUCUCGUCACUGGAGGAGGAACGGGAAUCGGUCUUCAUAUCGCGCGCGGAUUGGCAUCGCACGGAGCCAAGGUAUACAUCACUGGGAGGAGGCAGGAAACCUUGGAGAAAGCUGCCAGUGCUUGGAAGAACGAAAGCUCCAAUGGCGGUGUUCUGAUCCCACUUCAAAUGGAUGCCACGAGCAAAGAUAGCAUCUUGAAAGCUCGCGACGUCGUUGCCAAAGAAGACGGAAAGCUUCAUUUCCUCGUUAACAACGCGGGGCAAACGGGCCCCGUUUCCGAAUUCCUCAACAACACUUCCGCACCGGAGCACAAAGAUCCCGAAACGCUUGGACGAGCGCUCUUCAACAACGAGAGCUUCGAGACUUGGUCAGACCUGUACAAGAUCAACACUUUUUCCGUCUUCUUUGUGACGACGGCCUUCCUCGGGCUUCUAGAUGUCGGAAGCAAUGACGUUCCCGGAUGGACGUCCUCCGUCGUGAACGUGACGUCCGUCAGCGGAACGCUCAAGAUCGCUCAGUGCCAUUUUGCGUACAACUCGGCGAAGGCGGCGGCUUCUCACCUCACAAAGAUGAUGUCCACAGAGUUCGCGCUCAAGAACAUCAACGUGCGCGUCAAUGCCAUCUCCCCGGGUGUCUACGCAACGGAGAUGACGAUUCCGGUCAACACCCCAGAAGACGUGCAGACGAUCUCCCAGGCCCUGGUCCCGGUGCCUUCUCGGAGAGCAGGAACGGAGGAAGAGGUGGCAGGCACGGCGGUGUACCUCGCCUCGCGCGCGGGCGGGUACGUCUUCGGGCAAGAGAUCGUGGUCGAUGGCGGAUAUGUCGCGGUCAACCCUGCAACUACGUAGAUGGUCGUCAAAUGCAUAUCAUGUCAUAUCAUAGCAUGUUCGUGAGUAGAAAUACAAGAGAAUAUAUACCAUACAGAUACAAUACGCUUGCAUUACGAGGUGUCCGUUUGUGUGAGGGAAGGCGGGAGAGUAAUAACGUACAUCAAGAGCGAGCAAAGCACGGAGAGUCCAUAAACUGAAGGAGUGAAAGAUGUGAUCGAAGAGUAGAGUGUCCAUAACCUGAAGGAGCGGUUGUGUUGUCGUAGAGUUCACCGAAUCGAGAGUCGGCGCCGCAAGGACCCGUACGUCGCGCGAUCUUCGCUCGCCCUCCUCCGCCUCGCCACGCUCCCGGCGUUCAUCACCACUCUCGAGAGCGCAUCCAAGCUCCUCGCUUCCUGGACGCCGCUUUGCGCCUUGCCGGCGGUCAUCCCGUCCAAGCCCCUUCCUUCGGACAUCGCGCUGGCCUUCCGACCUGCCAACCUCCGAGGCCUCCCCGCCCGUAUCUUCGCCACGUCCGCCAUAAACGCAUCCGUGACCCGCGGCCCCUCGACCACGAGCUUCUGCACACGCGGCAGCGCGCGCACGAGCGCGAGCGCCGCCCGAUGCUCGAACCACCCGUCUUCGAUCUGCACGCUCGUCACCGGCAUCAUCGAGUCCGCCCGCUCGCGCCCGUACGUGAACGCCUUCACGAAGUCGUGCACGCGCUGGAACGGCCGGCGCGAGCGGCGGGGAUCGAGCAGGAACAGGGCGGUGAGGGCGGGGAGGUGCAGGUGCGCGACGAGGUGGACGAGCUCGACGGGGAUGUCGCGCGUGUGGCAGGUGAUGCGGAGCGUGCGGAGGGCGGGGAGACUGAGAAGAGAGGAGCGGUAGGGAGGUACGGCCAUGGAGAUGAAAUCUUCCGGGCUGGCGGGGAAUGUGAUGCGGAGGUGGACUAGGCGGGUCGAGAUUUGCAGCAUAGAGAGGACCUCUGUCACGGCGGACACCCCGCGGGUGAAGCCGUGGUGGGUGUAAUCGAGAUGUGAUAAGUUGGCGAAGGCGGAAGGAUGCCAUGCCAGCCUGACACCCAAGAGCGUGACCCGCCGCAAGUGCGGCACGACACCGUUGAAUAUCGAAAACUCCGUCGGGUCAUCGUUCCGAGGGUAAAUCAGGGAGAGAUCUUCGAGCAUGGGCGCCUGAGCCCGUGCGGUCCCGAGCUGGCCGAGCGCUGCCGCCAUCAAGUAGGGCGCGUACGUGUAGAAUGCGACGUGCAAUUGCCGCCAGCGGUACAUGUACGGCGCGACGGAGUGCAUGUACCACUGGACGCUGACGUAGUCCUCUUCGGCGAUGUAUCGGUAGCGCCGCGGAAGCCGCGCGGCGCGAGUUCCGUAUGGGCGAGUGAUCAGGGAGAUUGAUAGAGGAUGGUGCCUUGCACGCCGUAUGCGCUCCUGCCACAUCUCGAUGCGCGUGUCGAGCGCGAUUCGGGUCCAGAGGGCGGGAGUGCUCAGUGCGAGCCAGCGCCAUACUGAGCAUACAUGGGAAACCGUGACUGGGAACCCAACGUCGUUUCUGCUACCGAGAAGGAAUAUAUGUGCGAUCAACUCGAGGGGAAGCCUGUGAAUGGGAUGAGGUGUCUUGCGUUUCCUAGAGCCCAGUCGACGAAGUGAACGGGAUGCACCCCUUCUUCGAAAGAUCCUGAAGACGAUGAGGUCAAAGAGCGAUCGACGGAGGUGGGCCCCCCGCCAGGUGAUCCGUCGCAGCAAACGGGGCAUUGCGUCGGGAGAAAGACAGAAGACGGGACGAGCAGGGGGCGGGACAGACGGCUGGUUCCAUAGGGGCGCUCAUAUGCUGUUUCACUCUCCGUGCUUGGUCAACGAAGGCCGGCGACGAUCUAGGUUUGGGCACACGGGGUGAGCGGCCACUACAUGCUAGCGCGCAGAGCUGCCGCCUAAGCGCCAUCGACCGCAUGCGUAUCCUUUCGCGUGUUGUCCGGGACCCUUGGAGGGGAAGUACGAGCCCGUCGGCGGGCUGAGAGCCUGAGACAACGUUAAACGUGCAUCGCUGACAUCCCCGGGCAACGUCAAUGCGACUGAGAACGCCGACUUCGG